UAAGAAAUUCUGCAGGUUUGCACAUUUUAUGUUCCGGCGAAAAAUGGCUGGCCACCCUGUGGCCGGCGUGGCCUACUCACCCGCCGCCCACAAUAUCCCAGACAUUUCGCUUCCUUCUUGUUCUUCCUUUCCCCAAUAUUUGACCAAAUCGACCAUAGACUUCCUCGGUUCAGCGGUUUUAGGAAUUUGAUAUGACGAUUUCCACCUCAUCGCUCGCCAAUGGCACAGAAGCCCCCGUCAGUAGGGCAGACGAGGUAAAAGAUCUCCUCACUGCCAUUGAAGACCUUAUAAUUCCCUUCAUUCAAGCGGCAGAUUCCGAUACCGCCACCAAGCACGCAGGCAAUGGCCAAUCCUUCAAUGGCGACGUUGUCAGAACUGUACUUGUUGAGCCGCAUGCUCCUAAAGAGUUAGAAAAGCUUCUGGGGUUACUGGUUCCGGAAAAAGGGACAGGGAAGGAGGGACUUUUGGACGCGGUGAGGAAGGUUUUGAGGUAUAGCGUGAAUACGUGGGAUCAGGGGUUCAUGGAUAAGUUGUAUGCGAGUACGAAUGCGGUUGGUCUGGUAUCGGAAUUGUUGCUCGCGACGUUAAACACCAACUCCCACGUCUACCAAGUCUCCCCGGCCCUCACACUCAUCGAAAAACACACUAGCAAAUACCUCGCCUCCCUCUUCGGCUUCACCUCCCCGCACAGCGGCGGCAUUUCGCAACCAGGCGGCAGCGCCAGCAACAGCACCUCCCUCGUCAUCGCGCGCAACACGCUCUUCCCUUCCACCAAAACCGACGGCCUUGGCUCCCUGAAACUGCGCCUCUUCACCAGCGCUCAUGGGCACUACUCUUUCGAAAAGGCCGCCCAAAUGUUCGGCUUAGGCUCCAAUGCCGUGAUCCCUGUGCCCGUCGACCCAUCCACGGGCCGCAUGCUUCCAUCCGAGCUGGAGAGACUUGUCCAGGAAAGCAAAGCCAGGGGCGAAAUCCCGUUCUUCGUCAAUGCCACGGCCGGCACCACUGUCCUGGGUUCCUUCGACCCCAUCCCCGAGAUCAGCGCCAUCUGCAAGGCGCACAACCUCUGGCUGCACAUCGACGGGUCCUGGGGCGGCAGCGUGAUUUUCAACUCCGCUCUCGCUCAAUCACCUCUCCGUCUCAAGGGCGCGGAAUUAGCGGACAGUAUAGCGAUUACCCCGCAUAAGAUGCUCGGGGUGCCGAUGACCUGCUCGUUCCUGCUAUGCCGGGAUAUGCGGUUGGUUCGCAAGGCGAUGACCUUGCCGGCUGGAUACUUGUUCCAUUCAGAAGGCGAGGAGGAGGAGGACAGGGAGAUUUACGAUCUUGCGGAUCUGACGCCCCAGUGUGGGCGCAGGGGGGAUAGCUUGAAGUUGUUCCUCUCCCUCUCGUACUACGGCUCCGAGUACUUUUCUCAGCUUGUCCAGCGGGGGUUCGAGAACGCGGAGUUCGUCCUCUCGUUGCUUAAAACUUCCCCAGACUUCAUACCUAUUUCUCCAGAGCCCCUGCCUUGCUUGCAGGUGUGCUUUUACUUUGCGCGUGGCGGCGUGUUAAGCAAGGAUAAGAAUCAAGUCACGCAGACGACGAGGAAGAUUACUGAAGGUUUAAUCAAGAGGGGUUUCAUGGUUGAUUAUGCGCCUGGGGAGAAAGGGAGCUUUUUCCGCGUGGUAGUUAAUGGGAAUACUAGAACGGGGACGCUGGAGGGGCUAGUGACGGCGAUUGAGGCUGUGGCUGCGGAUUUGGGGGUGUAAGAGAAGGGAGGCUGGGUUUGAAUAGGUAGAGGUAUGUUGCAUGGUGGAUAUGUUGUUGGGGGGGUAUUGAACAUUCUGUGACAUUUGCCAAUUCUGCCUUCUUUUGCAUAGAGGAACCUUUACAGGCGGUGUGCUGUGUUUAACACGUUGUUCACAUUUAGAAACUGUUAGAUCAAUCCUACAACAAC